UGAUAAUGGCAUUUGCUUUCACCCAAUCUAAUGGUCACACACACACACACACACACUGAGGUCCGAACGGUGAACUGAACCACUCAAUGCCCAAGCUUCACUGAAGCUAUGACGACGACCACAACGACGUCGUUCCCAACAUCUCUGUGCUCGUUCCUUUCACCCAAACCCUUGGCCUCAAAAUCUUCACUCUAUGUAAAUCCAGUUCACAACUCCUUAAGCUCCACCCGUUGGUUCUCUGCAGAGAAACACGCCAAUUCGAGGAACCAUUUGUGGUGCGAGGCUCGCCGAAAACCCACGGCGUUAGCAACCUCCUCCUCGGCGGAAGAGGACGAUGAUGAGAAUUUAAGGAGAGUGCUUCAAAUUGUGUUGUGGGUCGCAGAGGGUGUCUACAUUUUGUGGCUCUUCCUGCUUCCUUAUGCCCCUGGAGAUCCUGUAUGGGCCAUCAGUUCGGACACAUUUAACUCUCUUGUGGGACUUUCUCUCAAUUUCUUUUUCAUCUUGCCUUUCAUGAACUUUGUCGGCAUUCGUUUGAUUGAUGCCCCAGUUCUUCAUCCUAUGUCUGAAGGAGUAUUCAACUUUGUGAUUGGCUGGACUUUCAUGUUUGCCCCUUUGCUAUUCACAGAUCGAAAGAAAGAUAGAUACAAGGGAUCUCUAGAUGUACUCUGGGGCCUGCAAAUGUUCCUGACAAAUACGUUUUUGAUCCCAUACAUGGCUAUACGAUUGAAUGAUGCUGAUGAUGAGAGUGUUCCAAUCAAACGUUCACAAUUGGGCUCUGUGAUGAUAAAUGGUGCUCCACUUGUUGGACUGAUUGGUGGGAGUGCAUGUCUUAUAUCUCUAUUGUGGGCUCUUUUUGGUCGAAUGGAUGCAAAUUUUGGGGGCAUAGUAGACAGAUGGGAGUACUUGGUUGGUUAUAUUGGAUCAGAAAGGCUGGCUUAUGCUUUCAUAUGGGAUAUAUGUCUUUACAUGAUUUUUCAACCUUGGUUGAUUGGUGACAACCUCCAGAAUGUCCAGGAAAAUAAGGUUGUUGUAGUAAAGUAUCUUAGAUAUGUACCUGUGGUUGGUUUAAUUGCUUAUCUUCUUUGCUUGGAGCCAAAAGAGGUAUAACUUGUGUGUUUGGAUGAUUAGUUUAUUUUGCACUCAAAAAGGCUUUUCAGUUUAAAAUCAUCUCUUGAACAUUUUGUGGAAAAGCUUCUUUGAAUUCAAAAUAAGCUAAUCCACACACUUUCAUGUAUCAAUUCCUAUUGUUUCAUGAUGUUUAUGUUACACAUAGUCACAGAGAAUAAUAUGUAUUUUUAGCUGCCUAUGACUGAAACUACUUGCAUAUCCUUCGAUGCUGUUAAAUAUAAUUUUAAGCUGGAUUU